CGGCCGCUUGGCUCUUCUGUGCAGCAUAACCUGCUCCAUGAUCCUACCUGUUCCUCGGUCCAGCGGUGUCCUCACCGUCUUCUCUCCCUGGUCUGCAGUCUCUGGUCACCUCCUGUACUAUGUCCGCAGUCUCUGGUCACCUCCUGUACUAUGUCUGCAGUCUCUGGUCACCUCCUGUACUGUGUCCUCAGUCUCUGGUCAUCUCCUGUACUAUGUCCGCAGUCUCUGGUCACCUUCUGUACUGUGUCCUCAGUCUCUGGUCAUCUCCUGUACUAUGUCUGCAAUCUCUGGUCAUCUCCUGUACUGUGUCCGCAGUCUCUGGUCAUCUCCUGUACUAUGUCUGCAG